ACCCCCGUACCAAACAUAACCAACCCCCCCCCACCCAGGCGUUCCCUCCACACAUGGGAAAUGACAAACGAAGCUGUCGCUGAUGAAAGUUUGUUCAAAGUCGUCAAGUGGCUUCCACAUUGCUGGCAACAUAUCAAUAAAUGCAUUGAAACUCAUAGCUCCGCUGAUGCUACACUAGGUCCUCGCAUGUUCUCGUGUUGCCCCAUGGAUACAAACACUUCGUAUACUUGGUUUCAUGAUUUGUGGAACUUCACCAUCGUUCCGUACCUCAUAUCCGCUGUCAAGCAAAGAAAACCCUCUGUUGCCACCAAGUGGGUCGAUCCACUUGCAUGGGUCAAGGAAUGUUGGCCUUGGGCGACACCUUGUGACUUACUUCGGAUACGAGCGGAAGAUAUCGCGUCGGAUGCAACGAUGCCAUUGGUCGGUGGUGACAAUGCUACUACUAUGACAUCACAAUCAACCGAUCCAUUGUUAAACAUGUUGCUACGGUUACAAGAAGCUGCGACGAACUACGAAAGUGACGCAAGUCAUGAUGACGCGUUCGAACUUUCACUUGAUCGAGCUUUAGGCGACUUGGCAUAAAUUUCUAUGACUUGGCAUAAAAUUUUAAUUUUUGUGACUAGGCAUAAAUUUUUGUUGACAAGGCAUAAAUUUUCUAUGGCUCAGUGUAGAUAUUAGGUCCUGGCACAGUUUCUAUUAUUUAAUCAAUAAAUGGUGGUUUUUCAUAAAUUUGUUGAAUGUGUAAUAACCUUACAUCAUCUUGAUAUGCACGGAAUUGUUUAAAUUUACUAAUUUUUUAAACAGCAGAAACUAAUUUUUGCUUUUGCUAGGAAAAUUGUUGUCCCUUUUGUCCAGCUACUGGCAGAAUUACUUGGUGAAUUGAUGCUUUUAGUUGACUUUUAAACCUAAAAUUAUUUUACUUGAGAAGUAAUUUUGAAAACAAUAUUUUUAGAAAAAAUGCUGUUUUAUUUGCAAAACAUUUUAGUGCAUACUCGAAUCAUUAUGACAUCACAAUUUUAGUUAAUUCUUCACAAUUGCUUUUGUGUUUUAAUUGCCUUCUUUUUUGUCAUUUUUUACCACUGUUUCACUUUCUGCAAUAUUUCUCUGCCAGCUACUUUUGCGAUUUGUUUUAUUUUUUGUGCACUGUCAUUCCUAUGGACUGAGCUUUAAUAAAAUUUAAAAAAAUUAUUU